AUGAUCGUCCAGGAACCUAUACAGGUUAUUGUUUGGGACUGCCUCAACAACUAUGAAUAUGACAAUGCUAUAUUUUUGGCAGAGAGAUUACACGCUGAAGUUGCCUCAGAGGAAACGGCAUUUUUAUUAGGAACUUGUUACUAUAGAGCUGGACGUGUCAAUGAGGCUCAUCAUUUAUUACAAAAUAUAUCUCUCACUUUACCACAAGCAAGGUUUCUUUUAGCGAAAUGCUCGGUUGAACUGAAAUCUUAUAAAGAUGCUGAAAUUGCAUUAGGAACAAAUUUAGAUAUUGUAGCCUCUGAAUUUGGCGAACAAGCACCAUAUGCAUUACAACUUUUGGCUAAAAUUUAUAACAUCACUGAGAGGAGAAGUAAAGCUGCUGAGGCACUUAGGAAAGCAUUAUCUUUGAAUCCAUUUAUGUGGAAAUCUUUCACUUUACUAUGUAACAUGGGUGAGAAAGUAGAUCCUCAUAAUGUAUUCCAAAUAAAUAGCACUGAAUUUACAUUUGGUGUUUCAACAUUAGUGAAUCUAGUCAGCAAUUCCGAAAAUAUUUCAUUUGUCAAUAGUAACAUUCCUAAUAACACAAAUAUGAAUGUCAACGUAACACCGAAUAAUGUCACUACUCGAACUCCUAUGACCAUGUCGACUAGCAUCACACCAGAGAUUCAGGCCCCUGUUAAACGUAUGCACAGUGUUUUUAGUGGGAUGGCACCAAUACCAUUUUCACCAUCAUUUGGUAUGUUGCCUAUGGAAGAGUCACCAGUAUUAUACACUCCCACUCUCACAGAUUCAAAUGAACAGAAAGCUUUACCGAAAAUAGUCAACUCUUUAAGAGCACAUGUCGGUCAGCUAAAAGAUGCUGUAUUUAGUCCAGGACCCAGGUGUACACUCGGUCCAGCCCCACGAAGGUCAUCGCGAUUAUUUAGUAAUAACAAUAGUAGUUAUUCUGUUAAAGAAAAUAACAAAUCGCCCAGUAGGAAAUUUGUAGCUCCUAAGAGUCCUUCAAGAAAAAGUAAACAGCGUACAGCCAAAAAUAUAAAAACAACUACUGAUACUAAUGAAAGAAAUAAAAGUAUAGAAACUACUCCAACUAUAACACCAAAGAAUAAUAAUGGUCUAGCUUUGUUAAAUCUUUUGAAAGAAUUAGGAGAUGCCUAUAAAGCUCUUUCAUUUUUAGACUGUAAAAAUGCUAUUAAAAUGUUUCAAGAAAUUCCACCCAAACAGCAAGCUUCUCCAUGGGUGCAGACGAUGAUAGCUCGGGCUCAUUACGAAUUAGCACAAUAUGAGGCUGCAGCUAAAAUUUUUUCAGAAAUUAGAAAACAAUAUCCAAAUCGUACAGAAGGUAUGGAUAUUUAUAGCACAUGUCUAUGGCAUCUGCAGCGUGAAGCACAGUUAUCGGCGUUAGCUCAAGAAUUGGUAGAGUUAAAUAGAAAUGAUUCUAUAUCAUGGUUAGCAGCAGGAAAUUGCUUUUCUUUACACAAAGAACGUGAAACUGCUUUGAAAUUUUUCAAACGAGCUGUACAAAUAGACCCUGAUGCAGCAUAUGCACAUGCUCUGUUAGGCCAUGAAUAUGCUGUGGCUGAAGAAACUGACAAAGCGCUUUCUAGUUUUCGAACAGCUGUUAGUAUUGACCCACGCAACUAUGUCGCGUGGUUUGGCAUAGCGACUGUUUACGCACGUCAAGAACGAUGGAAAGCCUCGGAAGUCCAUAUUCGUCGAGCAUUAGCCAUUCAUCCACAUUCCGGUGUUUUACGUUGUCAACUCGGUUUAGCUCAAGCAGCUUUAGGUAAAAUGGAUCGUGCAAUAGCUACACUUGAAAGAGCCGUCUCAUUAGACACAGAGAAUCCGUUAUGUCGCUUUCACCGAGCCUCGGUGUUACUAAGAGCUGGAAGACCGCAAGAUGCAUUGGCUGAUCUGCAUCACUUGAAGGAUAUUGCUCCCAGGGAGUCAUUAGUUUACUAUUUACUUGGUAAAGUUCAUAAUAAAUUGGGUAAUUCUCAUUUAGCUUUAAUGCACUUCAGUUGGGCUACAGAUUUAGAUCCAAAAGGUACUGGCGGACAUAUAAAAGAAGGUUUCGACCCAUCAAAACAAGAAGAUGCUCCGGAAAGAUCAUCUUAAACAUAAUCAAUCUGACUACUGCAAAAUUAUGAAUAAAAUCGAUUGGUUUACCGUCGUGGGCGUCGUAGUCAUAUGGGACUGAUAUCUUGUAAAUAACGCGCUCACCUCUCGACCUCCGAAUUGACACCAAAUCUUCCAAAUAUAGCUUUAUGGAGAUCGACUGGUGUGUGAACGCAUUUAGUUGCUGUAGUAGUAAGAGCGUAUGUGGACUUGUUUAUAUAGAGUAAGAUGUGGAUAUUCCUAAACUUAUCCUAGUUUAUUAUGUAAUAUCUUGUAUAGAAAGUAAACCUCUAGAAUGUAACUAAUAAAAUUAUGCUCUUGAAAGACCUAAAACACACAGGGCUUUGAUCUCAAUGUGGUGUUUUUAUUCAAAAUAAAUAUAGUAUGCAAAUUAAUAUCAUUGACUGCAAUGUUUUGACAUCGUAAUUUUUAAAAUACAAGACGUCCGUACGUGAUUUCGUUUCUAAUCUCGAAAUUAUUAUUUUUUAUUUGCUAUCAAAAAGCUUUAUACAAGAGAACCGCUGGCGGUGUUUCAUUAUCAUAGAUUUUUUAGUAAUCAAUUUUGUAAUAUAGAAUUCUUUAUAUAAAUGAAAACCGAUAAUAUGCAUGCAAGAAUAUUUAUAAUUUGAUAAAGUAAUAACUUGUAAAAAUAAAAAUAAUUGGAUGUUCUGUACUGUAAUGUCUAUAUACAAUAUGUACUCAAUACAUUUAACAAUAAAUUCUGGAAUGAUGUGUACAGUUAAACAGAUCUUAGUUCAUAGUAUGUAAAUUUUUUGUGGCGUUUAUGUAAUAAUAAAAUACACUAUUGUUUGUCUUUGAAUCACCAAUCAACGGCUAGCUCUAAAGACGUACACCACCCCGAUUAUAUGUGAACUUAUAAAAAUUAUACUAAAUGA